AUGCCUCCCAAGGAGACUCAGGCAGUUUCAGCAGCUGCUCCUGUAGACUCAGGGGGCUUCCAGCUCCCAUGGACAGCAAUUCCGAAGUUCAAUCCUGGAGUUACAGAUGUCACAGAGUACUCAAGUAAGCUACAGUUUCUGGCGGCUAUGUGGCCUCCAGAACACCUUCCCCUACUAGCUCCCAGGGCGGCGCUAUUGUGCGAGGGGACGGCGUUCAAGAAGGUGUCGAAGAUUCCUGCAGAGAAGCUCAAGAGUUCAGAUGUGUCUGGUAUUAAGUUACUGGUUUCCACAUUGGGGGGCUCUUGGGGCAAGACUGCACUGGAGGAAAAGUAUGACACUUUCGAGAAAGCUAUCUACAAUACAGCACAGAAAGCAGAUGAAACCAACGAUAGCUACCUGGCCCGACACGAUGUUCACUUUGAGGAGUUGUUGGCCCAGGGAACCACCCUAGAGGAGAUUCGUGCGUAUAUUUUGCUGCGACAGUCACAAUUGUCUGCAGAGGACCGGAAGAAGAUUGUGGUUGAGUUCUUUUCAGAUUUGCAAGGGCAGCGUGCUACAAGAACCAAGACUUAUGAUGCCAAUAUGAUCGAGGACGACGUCGAGCCCGAGCUGGACGCCGACUACAUGGAGGCCUUGAUUGCAGAGCAGGAUCCGGAUGCCAUGCAGGUGCAAGGCUUUGAGGAAGAGCUUGAAGGCUUCUUCCAGGAUACUCCAGAUCUCCAGGAGGCUCUGGUUAGUUACCUGGAGGCCCGCCAAAAGCUCCUCUCCAAGAAGCGUUCCCGUGGGUUUUGGCCGGCCAGUUCUGGUAAGGGAGGUUUCAAAGGAUCGAAAGGUCAAAAAGGCCGUGGCAAGGGAGGCAAAGGCGGGCGCGACCAGCUUUUGGCCCGCAUUGCCAGGAGUCACUGCCGAAUCUGUGGCGCCAAAGGGCACUGGAAAGCAGAGUGCCCACAGAAGAACAAAUCCUCGGCCUCUACUGAGGCAACGACCACCAUCGCCGAGGCAAUUGGUGGCGACUUGUAUGCGGCCACUGCAGAGCCUCAGGAGAACGACGAGGUUCUCACUCAGGUUCCAGCUGCUGCCAUGAGCCUUGCAGAGGCCCAUGUAACCUGGGAAAUCAUGAAUGCACAGGGGGUUAAGGCGGAAGCGCACUGGGGCAACCUCCUUGACUGCUUCCUCAACCAGCUGAGUGGUGCAGUCAGGGAUCAGGAGGAGCUGGAGAGCGUGCCCAUGGACCAGCUGGGGGAAACGGUGAUCCGUUUCGGCAAGGCCAUGAAGGGUCGUACCUUUCAGGAUGUAGUCCAGAACGAGACGGACUGGGUCAGCUGGAUGUUGGACCACAUGAGCUCCAGCACCAAGAUGGAGCAUGUGGCCUUCCUCACAUAUGUUCGCCGCUAUGUGGAGGAGGCCGAAGCGACCGAAGCCACGCUGCUUCAGACCGAAGGCUCCCCGGAAAGCCGAGGAGCUUCCGCCAAGGCGACCGCCAAGAGUCGCAGCCAGCCGCGUCCCGAGGCAGAUGUGUGGGACGUGAUAUCCAACCACGAGACCGCCGGAAGCGUUCUCCAAGAGCAGGUGACUGUCCUGGGGGAACGCCUCGGACAGAUGGAGUACGAGUUAGAGAUGGCGCAACACCUGUUGCAGCCAUCCUCGAUCCUUCAAACCGCUGCCACUGCUGUCGAUGCCUGUUCCGAUGCGUUCAUCCGUGCCAAGAAGACAGCCUGGGAUGCCUUUCAAGAUUCGCAAUUAGCCUACCAGUGUCCCGUGAGUGAGCAACUUGAUGUGCUAGAAAUCUAUGCCGCGUCAGACAGUCGAUUGUCUGAGACUGUUAGGUCGCUGGCAUGGGCCCGCCAAGGUGAUUUGUCAGGAAGGUGCGCUCCCGAAAAUCUCCGUCCAGCAUCACUUCGCGAAUGGCAGCAGUUGACUACUUCGGAUUUGGAAGGUGCUACGAAUCGUGUUGGUGGAGCGAGCUCCUACUUAGACCUUACUAGCACAGAGUCCGAGAGAGCAACCAGCCAGGAACCCGUUCCACCGCCUGCAAGCGUGGACUUUCCCACGCCUGCCAAUGCCCCAACCGAUGUUCCCGUUGCUCGAGAAUCUAGCAAUCAGGAGUUAGACAUUUCCCAACCCGAGCAGGAGCUAACUCCACAAGUUAGCAUGCAAAACCCUGAUAGCUUAGAUGUCUCUGGAGCACCUGAAGUUGAGCGCGGUCCCGCUGCUCCUUCAGUUUCAACAUCUUUAACAGGCCAGGAAAUUCCAAUGCCCUCCGAGGUGCCCGCUCCGUCUAGUGUAGAUGCCUCCACAGUGCCCAUUCCUGAAUCCGACGAUGGCCUGUCGGUUGAGCAAGUUCUGUUGACUUCUGAGAUAAUCACCAAAGCGGACUCCGAUGGGCCCGAGCUUCUGUCUUUCAGCACGCUUGAGACAUCAGCUUUUGCCGAAGGUCCACCCCUGGCAGAGGAUAAUCUCCCCUUCAUAACAGAACCCCUGGAGUGUCUGGGGGAGCAGGCCUUUUGCUUAGAAAUUCCCAUGAAGCCCAAAGAUCUCUGCCAAUGGAGUCAAGAAUCUUCGCCGGAACAACUGGCCACGGUUGCGGCAGCUGGCAAGCGAGCCCGUGCUGAGGUCCGUGUAAAGGAUCUAAAUCGGGCUGAGCUUGCUCUGUUCGACCAGGCCAAGCAGAAGGAGCUUCAGUGUUGGAUCCAUACCUCUGCAAUCAAGCCAAUCCUCAGGCGCAAACUUAAUCCUGCCCAAAUUUUGCGGUCGCGAUGGAUCCUAACCUGGAAGGAUCCUGAGCCCGGAGAGUCUCAGAAGAGAGCUAAGGCUAGGUUAGUCGUUUUGGGAUUCCAGGAUCCUAAGCUGGUUGAGGUAAUGAGAGAUGCACCCACGCUUUCCCGAGAAGGGCGCUCCGUUGUAUUACAAACCAUAGCAUCCUGCGGCUUUCCUCUGAGCUCCUUCGACAUCAAGACUGCAUUUCUUCGAGGGAAAGCGGAUGAAGCAAAUCCACUCGCGAUGGAACCUCCUGCUGAGCUCCGUGAGUUGCUGAAAAUGCCAGAGUCUGAGGUGUGCCAAUUAGUGGGUAAUGCCUAUGGUCGAGUAGAUGCACCCCUCCUGUUCUAUAAGGAAUUCUCGGCGUGCAUGUGGACGAUGGUGUAUGUGGCGGAGAUGAGUAUUUUCUAG